AGUCACCCACACACCUCAGGAGACCCUCAGUAACAGCUGCUGCUACACUCAUUUUGGUGACUCUCGAAUGACACGGCAGCUCUUCUGGCUCCUGCAAGCUCAAAGACUUUGACCUUCAAUAGACCCCCAGGAUGGCAAGCACAGCAGCUGAUCUGACCAGGAAGAAGGCCCGGUUAGAGGACGGUACCGGCAGUUGGUCCAAUGUGGUCCCCUUUAACCAGCAGGACUUUGAGCAGCUGCAUGCUGAGUGCCUGCAGACUGGCUCGCUGUUCUGUGACCCCACCUUCCCAGCAGACUGGGACUCUCUGGGAUACAACCAGCUGGGACGCUACUCAUCCAAAACCACCGGUGUGGAGUGGAAACGCCCCUCGGAACUGUGUUCUGAUCCUCAGUUCAUCAUUGAUGGAGCCAAAAGAACCGACAUCUGUCAGGGAAUGCUGGGUGACUGCUGGCUCCUGGCGGCCAUCGCCUCCCUGACCCUCGACCCUCAGAUCCUGAACAGAGUGGUCCCUCCUGGGCAGAGCUUCACCUCACACUAUGCCGGCAUCUUCCACUUCCAGCUGUGGCAGUACGGGCAAUGGGUGGACGUGGUCGUGGAUGACCGGCUGCCCACCAGAGAAGGUGAGCUGUUGUUCGUCCACUCGGCAGAGGGGGGGGAGUUCUGGAGCGCCCUGCUGGAGAAGGCCUACGCCAAGGUUAACAGCUCCUACGAAGCUCUGAGCGGUGGUUCGAGUAUCGAGGGCUUUGAGGAUUUCACCGGAGGGAUCGCGGAGAGCUACGACCUGAAGGAGGCGCCGCCCUUCCUGUUUCACAUCAUGAGGAAAGCUCUGAGGCUCGGCUCGCUGCUCGGCUGCUCCAUCGAUAUUUCCAGCUCAUAUGAUACGGAGGCCAUCACGAGUCAGAAGCUGGUUAAAGGCCACGCCUACUCCAUCACGGCAGCAGAGCAGGUGCAUCACCGUGGUUCUCGGGUGGAGCUGAUCCGGAUCAGGAACCCCUGGGGUCAGGUGGAGUGGACAGGCGCCUGGAGUGACAGCUCAAAGGAGUGGGAUGAUGUUCCGGCAGAGGAGAAAAGGAGGCUCGAUCACUGCGCCGAGGACGGGGAGUUCUGGAUGUCCUACGGUGACUUCCUGCUUCAAUUUUCCCGCCUCGACAUCUGUAACCUGACACCCGACACGCUGACAAACGACCAGGUUGGCCGCUGGAACUACGCUGAGUUUGAAGGCAUGUGGAGGGUGGGAUCCACUGCUGGCGGCUGCAGGAACUACCCCGCCACCUUCUGCUCCAACCCUCAGUUCUUCAUCCGGCUGGACGACGUGGAUGACGAUCCUCACGACGGUGAGGAAGGCUGCACUGUACUCAUUGGUCUGAUGCAGAAAGACGCUCGCAGAGAGAGACGCUUCGGACGUGACCUCAACACCAUUGGCUUCGCCAUCUAUGAGGUUCCUGAUCAGUAUAAAGGUCGUACUAACAUCCAUCUGGGCCCAGACGUCCUCCUGAGGAGCCAAUCAGUGGCUCGUAGUCACAACUUCAUCAACCUGAGGGAGGUGUGUGAUCGCUUCAAACUGCCACCCGGAGAGUACGCCAUCGUCCCAUCCACCUUUGAACCGCACCGCAAAGGCAGCUUCAUCCUGAGGGUGUUCACAGAGAAGGAGGCCCACACCAGCCCCAUGGAAGAGGACGUCGAUGCCCACAUCCACGAGCCUGACGUCAGACACGACACCGUGGAUCCUCACUUCAAACACCUCUUCAUGCAGAUAUCUGGAAAUGACUCUGAGAUCUCGGCUUUUGAGCUCCAGCAGAUUUUGGACAAAGUGGUCACUCAGAGGUCAGACAUUAAAACCGAUGGUUUCAGCCUGCAGACCUGCCGUAACAUCAUCAGCCUGCUGGAUAUGGACAGCAACUCCACACUUGGUCUGCUUGAAUUCCAGAGUCUGUGGAUAAAGAUGCAGAGAUACCUGGAGAUCUUUAAGAGUCACGACUCUGACGGUUCUGGCACGAUGAGCAGUCAUGAGAUGAGAGCAGCUUUGGCUGAAGCUGGGUUCCAGGUGAACAGCGCCGUGAUCCAGGAGAUUGUCGGUCGCUAUGCCGACAGCUGCUAUGCCAUCGACUUUGACUGUUUUAUCGGCUGCUUGAUCCGUCUGGAGAUGCUCUUUAAGAUGUUCAGAACAUUGGACAAGAAGAAGCAGGGCUGGAUCCAGCUCGACCUAGAGCAGUGGCUCUGCCUCGCCAUCAACUGACAGCUGCCACUCCAGGAGCAUGCUGGGAGUUUGCGGGGAUCUGCUGGUGAUGAUUAUGAUUAGUUGGUUGUGGUUAUCGUGGUUUCUGUGAUGACUCACACUGAAUGAGAG